CUCCGACGCUACACCGGUGGGAUUGGACCGUCCAGAGUCCACUUGCAUCGUUGGUAGUUCUGUCCGCUGAUAAUCGGCUCCCCCCGAAGCGAGCCAUACUAAACCAAUUGUAUGGAUCCUGUGGGUGUCGGUAUCUCGCCUCCACGCCUUUAUAAAUGCCCUCCCCCAGAUCCCUUUUGUCGAUCGUCUUCCAUCCGCUUUUACCCCUUAAUUCCAGGGCUCUCGAUCGCCACCAUGAGUGACCCCGUUGGCGCAGACGAUCUCGUCUAUGUCGCACAGGCCCACGCGCCUCAGGAGUUGCAGACUCACGAUGAGAAGGUCCACCCAAUCAACGAAAAGGAGACGGCCGUGGUUUCGGCAGUCCCCUCUGUGCAUGAUGGGCGCGAGUAUCCCACCGAGGAGGAGGAGCGCACUCUGCGUCGAGUUUCUGACAAGGUCAGCUGGACCGCCUAUACGGUCGCGUUUGUUGAACUGUGCGAGCGUUUCUCGUACUACGGAACUACUGCUGUUUAUGUCAACUUUAUCCAACAGCCUCUGCCGGAUGACUCCACCACUGGUGCGGGCUUCAGUGGACAGUCCGGUGCUCUUGGCCAGGGUGAACGGACAUCCACCGCGCUGACUACUUUCAACACGUUCUGGUGCUACGUCAUGCCCAUCUUGGGUGCCUGGAUUGCCGAUGAAUACUGGGGUCGGAUGCGAACCAUCCAGGUCUCCAUCGCCUUUGCCAUGCUGGGUCAUAUUAUCAUUAUCAUCUCCUCCAUCCCGCCGGUUAUUGUCCAUGCCAACGGUGCCCUGGCUUGUUUCUGUAUUGGAUUGGUCGUUUUCGGCAUCGGUGUGGGUGGUUUCAAGUCCAACAUCUCGCCCCUGAUUGCCGAACAAUACAAAGAAACCAAGCUCUUCAUCAAGACCAUCCCCAAGACCGGAGAGCGCGUCAUUGUCGAUCCCGCGCAGACCAUCACCCGCAUCUUCCUCUACUUUUACUUUAUGAUCAACGUCGGUGCUCUUAUUGGUUCCGUGGCCAUGGUGUACGCGGAGAAGUACGUGGGAUACUGGCUCGCCUUUUUGCUGCCGACCAUCAUGUUCAGUUUCUGUCCGCUGGUCUUGUUCUUCUGCCGUAACCGAUACGUCGUGACUCCUCCGACAGGAUCGGUGGUGACCAAAGCAUUCCAGCUGUGGAGUUUGGCCCUCAAAGGCCAGUGGUCCUGGAACCCAGUCACCUUUUACCACCGCUGCAAAUCCACCGAAUUCUGGGACAGCGUCAAGCCCAGCCGCAUGGCAAACAAGCCCACCUGGAUGACCUUUGACGACCAAUGGGUGGAGGAAGUGCGUCGUGCCGUGAAGGCCUGUGCUGUCUUUGCCUGGUACCCUCUUUACUGGCUGGCCUACGGCCAAAUGACCAACAACCUAACCUCCCAGGCCGCGACAAUGGAACUGCACGGAGUGCCCAACGACAUCAUCAACAACCUAGACCCACUCGCCCUGAUCAUCUUCAUCCCGAUCAUGGACAUGUUCAUCUACCCCGGUCUCCGCAAGAUGGGCUUCCACUUUACCCCGAUCAAGCGUAUCUACGCGGGAUACAUCCUCGCCUCGGCGUCAAUGGUCGCUGCCGCCGUCACCCAAUACUACAUCUACAAGAUGAGCCCCUGCGGCAACCACCCCAGCUCAUGCUCCGAAGCAACCCCAAUCAACGUAUGGGUGCAAACGAUCCCAUACGUACUGAUUGCAUUUUCGGAGAUCUUCGCCUCCAUCACGGGCUACGAGUACGCGUAUACCAAAGCGCCGAAGAACAUGAAGAGUUUGGUGCAAUCGCUCUACCUAUUCAUGAACGCCAUCUCCUCCGCUAUUCAGCAGGGUUUGACUGCUCUGUCGACCGAUCCGCUGUUGAUUUGGAACUACGGCUUCGUGGCUGUGUUGGCGUUUGUUGGGGGCAACUUGUUCUUCCUUUGUAAUUUGAAGUUGGAUAAGGAGGAAGACGAUUUGAAUAAUCUCGAGGAGUCGACGUAUUUGGGCCGUGGCCAGACUGAGGGUGGAAAGGCUGAUCCGGCUGUUUGAUUACAUUAAUAUUAAUGAGUUAUGUUGAGUGAUGGUUUAGUUUAAUGAAGAACAUUCGAAGAAAGAAUA